GUACGCUCCUCCACCCUCAUCCGGUCUGAGAAAAUUAUCUAAUGCAGCAGUGAUUUCAGAGAUACUAACCUGUAAGUGUGGUCCUACCUCUCAAGAGACGGUCCGUUUACACAAAAGAUGAUGUGGAGUGUUUUGAUCCUGCUGGCUGCUGCCCUCAGUGUGGAGUCCUAUGCUGUCCAUGACCAUGAGCGUUUAGCCCAUGGUCGCCAGCUUAAGAUAUUCCUGUCCAAGACUGCAGAGAAACUGGAGUUCACCCCAGCAGAUGAUCCCAGCAAGACGUUACUGUACUGGGAAAAGGGAAGAGGCAGGAUACCCAAAGGCUGGGUGUCUGACAAAGGUAGUGACCAACGCUGGUACAUUGACAAGGUGACUUAUGAGGACCAGGGGACGUACAUUCAGAGAGACUUCUGGAAUAAAGAGAUCUCCACUUUCAAAGUGGCCGUCACACCCAGACAUAACUAUGUGAAGUGUGUAGCAGGAGAGAGUCUCCACAUCUCACUGGAAGGCAUUAACCUGGCCGACGCUGUGCUGUCUUUCUCUGGGUUGGCUGCCAACAUUACACUGGUACGUGAUGGUGUUCGGGUGUCCCAAGACCUUCCGGAUUACUGGGACCGGGUCCAGACCCACUUCAAGGACAUCGAGAUCAGGAAUGUGAACUACAGUGAUGAGGGACAUUAUAUCCUGAGAGACCACAGGGACCGGCUGGUGUCUGUAACCAAGAUGGACCUGACAGACCGUCAUGAGUACGCAGGAGGAAACCCUCUCAUGGCUCUCCUCUUACUGCUGGGCAUCCCAGCUGGGAUUUGCUGCUGCUGUCGGAAGAAGAUUUUCAAGAAGAAAGCCACCACUGCUGCGACGCUGCAGACUAUCCCACAUGCAGUCCAUCCUCCCAGUGGUCCUGUUGGACCUUCUCCUCCCUACGGUGCUCCUGGACAAUCAGGGGCGGUAUACUACCAUGGCCCCAACCCUAGCAUGGGUCCUACAAUCCAUUCUCCUCCUCCAACCACUGGCCCAGAACAGUGGAACGGCCCCCCCCCUUUACCACUGCAGGGUUUUAACCCAGCCUACCCACUCCAGAACCCUGCCUACCCUCCUGCUGGACCAGCUAUGAUGCCUCCUGCCCAGACUCUACAAUGGAAUGGUCCACCACCAGGCCAGUACCCUGCUGGACCUAUAGCUCCAAUGGGCUGCGCUACAGCUCCAGUCAUUUAUAGCUCUCCUCCACCAGCAGCAGCCAGUGAACCAGUUAAAGAGAAGGUCAAGAUGGAGAAUAUGGCUUCCUCACCUACUGACCCCUUGCUGACUGCCACACCACAGGCUGAAGGUUCAUCCUCUCCUGUGGCUCCUGUGCCCCCCUCCUCCACCAAUGCUCCCAGCCUCUCUGAUGAUGCCUACCAGUUCCAGAUUGACCAAGGGAACAACUCCACCAACUUCCUGUAGGGAUGCUGACUCCUGGAGCAGCCGCCCCCCUCUCCCUCUGAUGUUACAGUGCCCCUCUGUCACCAUUUUGCAUUCCUCAGUCUAAGCAUUUAAAGCAGGGAUGCAAAACGGCACCUGUGGAAACAAAGGAAAGCAUUUGGACAUUCGGAUUCUAUUCUUUGCCUUCUCAAUCUCUAUUAAAUCCCCCAUCUGACUGAAAAUAAUGAGCUAUUAUGCUAAAUGAGCAGUUAUGUGUGGUGAAAAAAAUCUACUGCAAGUCUCAGCCAGCAGUGUUUUGGGUUGUCAGUAUGUAGGAGUCAGUUGUUUGGAGAUCAAAUCUCCAGAGGCGAGAAUGUGGUAUACAAAUGUAAUAUCAACAUCUGAUGAGUAAAAACAGGUAUGGUCUCACUUUACCAAAAAUUUAACAGAUGUCAUUAACGCAUGAUUGUGUUUUCUAUCUAUAUUCCUGUCCUGUUUAUGUCUUUUUCUGUGAUUCUUUUUUUUUUUAUAUUUUUGAUUAAUGAGAGCUGACGUUUGAUGUAAUGUGCCAGGAAAACAAGGAGUCCAGAAAAACUUGAGAUUUACUCAAAAGUCAGCAACAAAAGAAAACCAGGUACCUGCAGGGAAAAGACUGACUGAUGAGAGAUGUUUCGCUGACAAAUAUGGAGCCCUGAGGUGUGUUUAGACUAAAUUUGACUGGUAAAGUGUUUAUGCAGUCUGUGUGUAUGAGCUAUAAACACAGCCUUAGACCUGACCAGAAGGUUGAAAAUAGCUAGCAACUGGCAAUAACUGUUGCUAGCUAUCUUUUGGAAACCAGUUCAUCUUUAACUAGCUAUUCACAGUAAAAUAAAUUUUGACCACAGGUGCCCAAACUUUUUCAUGCCAUGUGUCUUAGAGUGAUUUCAAACUUAGCAGCAGCUCCAGUUAUUGUUUACCUCUGUACCCUGAGAAGUCGACUCAUACAGCUUUGUGAUACGUUAAUAUUUAGCUGAAACCCUCCUGGUUCCCUGUCCAACUAUGUUUUUCCACCUACUUUGUGUGGAGUCAUGCCAUCUUUACAGUUGGCUUUACAUUCAGUCUGAUCACACCUCCAGGGCCUGGUCCCACCAGAAAGUAGUCGUUGCUACAGUUACUACGUAGGCAGUGCCAGAAACACACACAACACAAAGACCACACAGUGACACCAUCAACCCAAUACUGUAUCAUGACUACAGUGGAGUUCUGUUAUCCAUGUUGCUGUAUGUCAGUUUGCUUGUUUUCUAAUGUAAUUUAGUUACAAAUUUCUUGUUGCUAAUAACUUGAAGUAGCCUCAAGAGUUGUUUGGAAAAUAUAGACCUUGGCAAGGAUGUAUCAAUCGAAGGAUAGACCAGGAGCAAAAAUGGGCUGAGAGCACCAGCAGAGCCCUUUUCCUCCCACUUUCUGUGCUUUACGGUACAGGUCCACUAUACCUGGUGCCAGAUUUGCUGCACUCAAAAAUCUCCAGCAAAUCCAGUUGCCUUUGACUUUAGAUAAACUAUGACCGGGAUGGCCCAGGAUCCAGCAGAGGAGCUGUAAGACAGAGAAUUGCUAAAACAACUGCUACCUCAUUUUUGGAUUCUAUGCCUCUACGUAGGUCAACAGAGUUAAGAUAGUUUGUAUUGGUCGAUGGUAUGAAUUUGUAUAUCAAAGUGAAAUUGAAUUCACUACAAACCUGCAAAUCCUUUGAUCGCGAUACUGUAAUUCCAUCCAAAUGAACUGGGUAGGGUGUGAAGUCUGGCUGUUGUGAAUGCUAACAGUUGAACGAUGAAAAUGCUACCAGAAGAACCACCUCGACUGCCUUUCAGGGUGGUCUCAUGCCUUCUUACUAUUACAGCAAAAAAACAUAUCAGUCAUCAUUCACCCUCAGCCUUUGAUACUUUUGUCCCAGCCAUUUAUCAACAAAUCACAGUCAAGAAAAUGUAACUUUGUGGUACAAACAUAUAGGAAUACAUAAUGUACAAGUGAUAAAUUAUACAGACCAAGUGCCACCAUACCAACACCUUUUUCAGGUGUGCAGCUUUUUUAUUCAUUGUUAGCGUUUAUACCUUGAUUUGCUCACCUGGACAAUGCAGUUGUAUGCAUAAAUUUACAAAGGUGACCGCACACUUUGACCAACAGUAGCCUGUUGAGUGUUCCUGUGUGCUGCCUGAUAUCUAGGAUAGUGGUCAGACAACUACCCACCUUUCUCAAAAGUUCACCUUGAAACAAGACUAAAGACUCUGGUCAGACUGAGGUCAGACUAAAGACCAGUUAAUUAAGGUAGACUUCUCUGACUGGGGACAAAACCACGUUCCCAGUUGGGAAAAGUUGAUUUUUUGGUCAGUGGUUAAGGUUAGGGUUAGGUUCAUGCUAGGGUUAGGGUUAGAAUUAGGAAAGUAAUGGUUAUGGUUAGGGUUAAGGUAAGUAUCCUGGAAAUGAAUGCAAGUCUAUGUGAAGACAUGUCUUAAGGUUAGGGUAAAGUUAGGUUUAGGGUUAGGCAAGUAGUAGUUAUGGUUAAGGUUAGAGUAAGUCACCAGUGAGUGUGUGUGUAUAUAUAAAUGUAACCAAGGAUAUUCACCAAGGUAGUUGUAGUUGAUAGUUCUGGGUAUUGAUGGAGUUGGCGACAACAUAAAACUCACUCCAUUUUGUGGUAUUAAGGUCACUCCCGCUCCAUAUCCACCUCUGGAUUUUACGCCAAUGAACUGAAUGAUAUUGGCUCCCUACCUCUUAUUUUAUACCUUGUCACACUGUUAAUCUAUGUGCAACUGAGCUGUGUCAAAGAAAAUACACAUCAAUAAAGUGACAUUCUGGAGUUCCUCUCAAAAUGACUUUACAGGAGACAGUUGGACAGAAAAUGCGCCAGUUAAUCACUUUAGAUAGAUAGACCGCAAUUUGGUUGCCCCCAAUUAAUUUUAGAAUCAGGCCAAAUUUUUGCCAGAUGGGUUGCCGUUUGACAUCACAAAACCUUAUUAAUUUCUUGAUGGUUCAACAAUCUGGCUGUCAGACGACCUGAUGGAUUUCUGGCAGGCAAGAAAUUUUGGUCAGCUGUCCGCAGUUUGAACAGUUCCACGGUCUGAAAGCUAUAGUGUCAGACUGAGCUGUUAUAUUUAUCUUUUUUUCCUCUUACUUUCUGUUCAUAGUAAAAUUAAACAAAGUAACGCUGACUUUCUCUCUUUUUGUCAACAUUGUUCAGGACGUGGUUGUCUUGUUUGAUCAUUGGUUCAGUGGUCAGUUUUGUUGGUCAGUUGACUUACAAUUUGAGCAGAUAAGUUGUAGAUUAAAACAUGGUGUUGAAGUUGGGAAGCUGUGUGAGACAAUUUUUGCAACCUUUGACAGCCAACGAUCACACAACUAUUUCUGUCACUUUUCUUGUGAAAAACCAAGAGCAACUAAAUGGAUGUCUUCCAGGAGAGACUGUCUGAAAAACUGUUAUUCCCAUUUUUACAAUGAUCACUUCUUGAUGGCACUUUGUGCAGUUAUGGGGGGCCAUGUGAGGGACUAUGUCUAGGUCAGGAGAAGUGACUUCCUGGAACCACAACUUUUUGUUUUUACACUUUGGUUUUUGUACAGAUUAAACAAACUAGAUAUACCAUGUUAAUCGGUAAGCUUUAGACAUGCUGGUAGGUGAACCAGGCUAGCUGUUUAUGCUAAACUAAGCUAACCGUCUCCUGGAUGUAGCUUCAUAGUUAGUGUUCAGACAUGACAGUGGCAUAAAUCUGAACAUCAAACUCUAAAUGAGAAAUCAAAUAAGCUUAUUUUCCAAACUGUGGAAUUCUGCAUUUAAGGGAUAAGUCUAUCUGAGGUACAGGUACUCAGAUACAAGACAUUCAGAGGUUCUUUUUGAAAAAGGAUAAGAAUCAAAACUAGCUGUAUUUAACCUGGUGAGUCCAAUUCAAGAACCCUUGCAAACAGCAUUUAUUUCACCUCUAAACUAGUAAACAUGCAGAGUCUAACAUUGAGAAAAGUGACACAUUUUUCAUAUUGACAUUAUCUGUUCACAUUCUAAUAUCAAUUCAAGUUAACUGACAGUUCAAUAUUUUGGUGAAUAGUGUUUCAGAGAACCCAGCACACUCUUCAUUUUUAUCUGUGCCUUUACAGGAAAUUAAAGAAUUGGUAAUUACAAAAGGUGCAAUUAAAAUGAAAACAAAAAACUAGAUGGUCAAUUGUUUUGUGUGGUGAUACAAUAUUUGUGAAGGGCAGUCUGGGUAUCUGAUUUCUAUUAUCGUGAUUACUUUAGCUAAGUUUAUUAUGAAGUGACAUUUAUAAUAAUACAGAACAAAGGAUGAGAUUUUCUUAUUUUUUCGUAUUUCACUGGUCACAUACUGAGUUGAAACUGAUCUAUAUACUUUCGUUCAUUCGCUCAUUUCAUGCAUGUGUUUAUAUUGUGAAUACAGAUGCAGACUGUCCCAUAGCCUCAGUGCAGUUAAGAUGAGGACUCCUUCAGUGUUGACAGUUGACUGUCUACAUGUCCUCUGUCAGUUCAAGCUGUAAUUCUGAGAUGGACAAAGGUUUGAACAUUCACAGAAAUCAUAAACAUUUAGGUUCUACCUUCUGAGACUGAGCAACAAUGUACUUCUUCCCUGAGCAUUUUUUCCCUAAAGAACUGGGUUUGAUUCCUUUCUUCUGUUUCGCAAUAAUAACUUGAGAAGUAUACCACAUAUAAUGUCUAACUGUUUGAAUAUAAUGUAGAGUACUGUACAGUGUAAUACCAGGUUAGUAAACUUGUCAUUAUGGAUUAUUAUAACAUCUUUAUAUCCAGAAGCCACAGUCCACCCCCUGGUUGGUUCUGUCUGAAACAACCGUGGAGCGGCAUGCUACCAUGAACAUAGCAACACAGCUAUCGUACCUAUCAUGCUGUCUCUGUGGCUGGACAGACAGAGAGGAUGAUCUUCAUUUAAACAAAUUUUGGUGGAUGAUCUGCUGCUUAUUCUUCAAUUCUGCAUCAAGUUUCUCUUUUGGUUACUGCUGUGGUCUCCAUCACUUUCUAUGAAUGCAGCUCUGCCCCUCGCUCCAGGGUUUGGACACGUUGAUGGAAUGGUAGAUGUUUCAAAAUCACAUUUCAAAGUCUUAGUUAAAAUAUUAUAUAGUUCAUGUAGAAUAAAAAUGUCGUAGCUGUAGUUUACCACAUUGAGCAUCAUUUUCACAAAUAUCCGUAAAUAAUGCUUUUGAUUGGGUCUUCAGUAAUGCUCAGUUAUUGUUACUACUAUCAAUAACUGUCAAAUCACAGCUAAACAUCUUAUGUAAUGAAUAUUUUUAAAUAGCUAUACACAUUUUUAUUCAGUAACAGAUAUGAACUGAGUAAUGAGCUGGAAUUUAUGGCUGCCUUCAAUUAUGUGGAGUCUUAAGCUUUUGACGUUCCUAUCAUAACAGCCACGAAUUGCAUUAGUUGUACUAGUGAUGUUUCUUUAAGUAGUGCCUGCUGAACUUAAAAGUUCAUUCAGCAUUUAAAUAUAGUUGGGCACAGAGAUACCAUUUCACAUUAAAAGCAAUACAGGUCUUGAUAUAAUUAGUGAUUA